GCUGUGUUUACCCUCCUCCUUGGACCUUUCACCUUCUUUGACGUCCAGAAGACCAAGUACCUGCAGAUCCUGACCUCUCUGAUGAGAUGGAUCGCCUUUGCCAUCAUGAUUGUGCUGGCCUUGGUCCGCAUUGGGAAUGGGCAAGGGGAGGGGCAUCCGCCCCUGGCUGACUUCUCAGGAGUCCGGAACCUGUUUGGGGUAUGCGUCUACUCCUUCAUGUGCCAGCACUCCCUGCCGUCCCUCGUCACCCCCGUCUCCUCCAAGCGCUACCUCACUCACCUGGUGUUCCUAGACUACGUGCUUAUCCUGGCCUUCUAUGGCCUCCUCUCCUUCACUGCCAUCUUCUGCUUCCGUAGUGACAGCCUCCUCGACAUGUACACCCUCAACUUUGCACGCUGCGACAUCGUGGGCCUAGCUGCCAUCCGCUUCUUCCUAGGCCUAUUCCCUGUCUUCACCAUCAGUACCAACUUCCCCAUCAUCGCGGUGACCCUGCGCAACAACUGGAAGACGCUCUUCCACCGUGAAGGUGGCACAUACCCUUGGGUAGUGGACCGUGUAGUGUUCCCCACUAUCACCCUGGUGCCCCCUGUGCUGGUGGCCUUCUGCACCCAUGACCUGGAGUCCCUAGUAGGCAUCACAGGGGCCUACGCAGGCACCGGCAUCCAGUACGUCAUCCCUGCCUUCCUGGUGUACCUCUGCCGCAAGGACACACAGCUGGCCUUUGGCUAUGGAACCGUCAACAAGCACAGGUCCCCAUUCCACCACACCUUCUGGGUGGGCUUUGUGCUGCUCUGGGCUUUCUCCUGCUUCUUCUUUGUCACAGCCAAUAUCGUCCUCACUGAAACCAAGCUCUGAUGUCAGGACAUGUUUGGUGACAGGAGGCUGGGAGUCAAGCCUUGGCCUCCCUGCCACAGAGUAAGAUUUAGUGGCCACACAGGUCUUCAUGAGCAGGUGAGGCUAGGGGUCUCCUUUCCACCCAGGACUCUGCCCAGUCUGUUCCCAGCCUCACCCACCCACCAGCGCAGCCCUUCUGCCAGAGACAGUAUGUGGCUACUCCCAGGUUCCAGGAUGGCCCCUCUGUUCUACACAGCUCCUCCGCCCCCCACCACUGGAGGAUGGCUUCUCCCUCUGUGGUGGGAGAUGCAGUGCUGGCACUGCUGUUAUUUAUACCAGACACAUAUCCCCUCCUCCUUCCUCCUCAUCCCCGUCCUGCAUCCUUGUCUGUCCACUGGCAGCUGCUGUCUCUUGAGAGAUGAAUCCCCGGCCCUAGUUAUCCUAGUCCAGCCUAUGACAGGUAGGUGCCACCUUCCUGCCAGGCCUGAUAGUCGCUAAGUGCCACUCCUAGGGGAGGACCUAGCCAACCCCAGUGACAAGAACAGAAAGUGCUAAUUGGCACCGGGGUCUCUAGACCAGAGCUGUGAGGGCCCUUGCUGUGGGCGCCAGCUCUGAGGCAGUAAGCAAAUGGAACAUUCUUUCCAUGUAUGCCCAACAACCUGGAAGCUGGCCUUAAAGCUCUCGGCUUACGGCCCCUCAGAGAGAUCCUCUGCUUUCUGGCUGCCCCAACACCACUCCCCAUGGCAUACUGGCCUGAGCAUGUGGCAGAGCGAGGGCUCCAUGGCUCCCACCUGUAGAAGGUCAGUCCAGCUGGCCACCACACUGUACUCCAACACUAAAGUGGGGCCCUCAGGAGCAGGGCCAUGGGUGUUCAGUGUCAACACCCUGUCCAUGUCCUGGCUGCCAUAGGGUCAGAUGGGGCAGCCACUGCUAUCACCAUGGAAAGAGGCCAGGCCACCAGCCACCUCCUACUCAAUCAUGCAUGCAUCUGUGGGGCUCGUGGCCUCAGAAACAUGGGUGACUAAUGAACUCUGCAUUUCAAUGUGCCUUCUGCUUCCGGCCCCGAGGAUCUACCUGACCCUGGCUUGCCCCGGCUCUGGGCCUGGUUCCACCUGUCCUGGAGCCCAGAAAAGCUGGCCUUAGAGCUGCCUCUGGGGUUUCUGGGUCCUGCCGCUCCCUCUUGAUUUCAGUGCCUUGCUCCACCCUCAUGAGGGAACCUUCGCCACUUCCCUUCUGUGUCUCACCAUCUUUAAAGUUUGACAACGUGAUGACUCUGGGUGUCUUGGGGCCCAGAGGAUGUGCAGGACCUGCAAGGAAUGUGGGGUCUGCAGGCUGCACCCUCCACCUCUGGCCCUGGCAUCCCUACCUGAAGAAUCCCUGGGUCAUGAUCAGCCUCAGUCUGCUUUCUCACAGCU